AUGUCAGACUAUAAAGCGAUUUUGGAAGAAGAGUUCGAAGUGUUAGAAUCUAUAUUUCCAGAUGAGCUAGAAAAGUUAUCAGAUACAUCUGUAUCAAUCCGCAUAGAACCUGAAGAACAGUCCAUCUCCAAUCCCAUCGCGUUGCAGUUGAUCAUAGAAUACCCCGAGACGUACCCUGAUGUGAUACCGAUAAUAUCCCUAGAGGAGAUAGAUGAUGAAGAUGGCUUGAGGGAAGGUGAAGAAGAUGUGGUAUUGGAUAAUCUGAAAGAAGUGGCCGAAGAGUCAAUAGGCAUGGCCAUGACAUUCACGAUAGCCUCUGCAGCUAAGGAAGCUUUGGCGUUGUUGAUAGUGGAUCGAGCGAGGAAGGAAAAGGAAGAAGAUGAUAGGAAGACGAGGGAGUAUGAAGAGGCCGAGGCGGCACGUACACGAGGUACACCGUUGACAAAGGAAUUAUUCGAUAAAUGGCGUAAAUCAUUUACAGCUGAGAUUAAAGCUAAACGAGAGAAAGAGGAAGACGAUAGAGUGAGAGCUUUGAAUCCUAAAGAAAGGGAAGAGUGGAGGAAAAGAAAAGAGAGACCGACUGGUCGACAGCUAUUCGAAUCGUCCACUACACUCGCCACAUCCGACGAAGGGUUGUACGAAGAAGGAGUGGAAGAGGUGGAUAUGCGUAAAUACACUAGAGAGCAGAGAGAGGCAGAGAGAAGGAAAGAGGAAGAAGAUGAGGAAAGAAGGAGGAGGGGGUUGGUCGGUGAUGGAGAUAGUGAUAAUGAAUAG